CAAUAUAUAUGUUUAAAUAAAUAAGAUAGUAGACUGAAACCUGGUAAGUCAGUGAAUCCAGAUGAGUUAGAUCUUAGAAUACUGGUAUCGCUCAGGGACACGAUUUUCAGAACCACUCAUACAAUUAUUCAGUAUAUUUUCUUCCCGAACUCAACUCUCCAUUAUCUAACUACCACCAUCUUAACCUAACCAACCUAUUGGUUGAAGUAUCAGAUUAAAAAAUUCCGGUUAAAUUACUUGACCAUGUGGAAAUAAAGUCUGUUAAUUCCAGAGCAAUACGGUUUUCGUAAAAGAUAUCUGACUGACAAAUUCACUGACAAGGAUGCUGAUAGUAGCUCAACAUAGCAACAUAUAUGUUUAUUUACUCAUCUUUGAACAACGUUAUUGUAAUUUGGCAGAAACGUGUAAAUUCUUCACAGUAGUGUGAUCGCUUAGUACAACUUUUGAGGUGUCAGAUGAAAAUAUUUACUUUAAAAACGAUACCUUAUAAACAGAAGUAUUACAACCAGGUGAUUGUCAAUUAAUAACUAGUGAAGACCCAAACAUUCGAAUUUUCCUGAUUGGUAGACAUUUAACGACUUUCCAUACCAACCUUUUCAAUAACGGGAAAUGUAAACACAUUGGUAUUUUUAUCCUUUUUUAUUCUAGAUUCUAGAAAAUAAUUUCAACAAACGAACCUUCUACUUUUUUAAUUUCCUAUAGGAUUUGAAUUUAUCACGAUCCUUAUUGACUCAUCGUUUUGGAUUGUCUGCAAUGAUUAAUAGACUUGACUAGUUAAAAUAAGAAAAAUUAAAUUUUCCAUCCUUUAUCACUGAUAAUGGAAAAUUAUUGCGUAUUGUGAAUUUACUGUUAACAUCGCAUUUAUUUGGCUACUAAAACUUAUGAACUAUUCUUCGAAAAAUUGUUCGUCCGGUCAGCGAUCAAAUUCAUAUUUCUCUGUUGUCAUCUUUUCAAUCCCAAAUAAAUGAGAAUUGAACUCUGUGAUGAAACGUGAUCUUCAUAGCUGUUGUCCUCGGAAGGAUCAUAAUCUAUAGUUACUAAACAAAUGAUAUAACUAAAAGUUCGAUUGCUAAGAGGCAGGUGUAUUAAUUUUGCAUAUUGUCAACAUUAAACAUUAUGCUUUCCCGUGAUCUUAAUUUUAUGUUUUACUUGUUUUUCGGAUAUUUCUUUUGGAAAUCGAUGUGAAGAGUAACACAAAUAAGAGCUAUACAUAAACGCACCAAGUAUUUGUUUCUGAAGCUUAAGAAUCUACAUUAAGCUUUUAAUAAAUAAAUGUUCUAACUUUAUCUGUUCUGGUUUUUGUGUAUCGUAUGAACCUUACAUUUUUCUAUAUGUGAAGAAACAGCUGUACUUGUAAACUAAAUAAUCAAAAUCUAUGAAAGCAAAUCAAAUCCGUUAACAAUAUUCAUUAUUUAGAAGAUUAAUUCUAAACACAGAAAAGUGAACUACAGAUAAGGUCCAGAAAAUUUAACGGUUUAAAAACUGUAAAUAGUCCUUUUUGUGAUAACUAAUCAGUUUUUCAAAUUGUCCCAGUGUAGAUCUCUGCCCUUGAUGAGGUACUACUGCUUCAUACUUGAUAUAUUCCUAGUCAGUCACUAGUAAGCGAUGUAAAACCUGACACGCGCAAUGGUUCAAGUUGCCACAUCACAUCAGCACAUCCAGAUAGCAUUACCAAGACAAAUACCAAAGUGACAGAAGUAAAAGCAGUAUUAAUGGUAGUAGAAAAUAUGGACAAUAUAAUUUAAUAAAAAGAAAAGAACUUGCGGAUUAAAAAGUAUGAGGUAACUUCAAAUCUCAAGAUCUAGGUAGAGAUAAAGGGUAAAUGGAUUUGCUCUAUCGUGAUUAAUUUUGAGUCGUUUCACCUAACGUAUCCAACCACUAGUCUCAGUUAUUGCUUGAACCCUAACCAGACAGUCUGCACAGAACAACAAUUCAUGAAUUUAUGGACCAAUAUAAUGUUUUUUUGGCUGUCUCUAGGUUUCUUUCAAUUUACUCUUACGUCAACCAAUAUCACACCUUAAGAUGUUCCCCGUGUUUGAUUCCUUUUACCCCUCCCAAAAGAUUAUUGAUGACUUUUCUCUGUUGUUCCAUAAAAGAUCCCAGAUUGCUGUCGUCACACGAGUCAGUCCCUGCAUGGAUUGAAGUUAGACACAGUAGAAACAUAUCCUUAUCGUUUUGGUUCAUCAUGACAGUACUUUGGAUGUUAGUUUGUUGUUCAGUCGGUUUUAUUGCAGAGUCGUACUUUGUCCAGUUAACUUUGUUUUUCUCUGCCGUUAUUUUCAUUUAUAUGCAUUUACGUAAUACCAUUACUGAAGAAUCUCUUCUACUCAUAUCUGGAUAUGGUUUACAAACAUCAAAUCGUUACUUUACUGGUCGACGAUCGUAUUCUUCAUUUAUUCCAGUAGAACGGAUUAAAGGAUUUCAUUUAAUUGAUUCCGUCAGUCCAUUUACUAUUUGUACUUAUUUAAGUUGUGAAUUCUCCAAGGUCACUUCUUCUACUACUACAGCUGAUCCACAGAAAACUGAAUCAUUAUUCAAUAAAGCUACAACAACAUUACAGACAGAUUACGAUCUUUUACCAUUAAUGCCAAUUACUAUGGACAAUAAACAAAUUCGAUUUAAAGGUUGUGAUCGUAUUCCAUUGCCUUAUCUUGUAUGGAUGUUACGUUUAGCAAAUACAGUUUUAUUUCACUAA